AUGAACUCUGCAAAGCAUCGUCACCAUCAUGUUUACCUUAAUACCCAAGCCAGAGCAGACCUUCAUUGGUGGGCAUCCCUUCUUCCUGUUUUCAACUGCAGAUCCCUAUUUCCCGACAAGCUACCUAUGACAUCUGCGCUAGCCUAUACUGAUGCUUCCCCUGCAGGUGGUGGCUGUUGUUGGCACAAUGAUUGCCUAUACGUUAACUGGGCACUAGAUUUCCCAAAUAUCUGCCCCCUGCAUGUCAACUACAAAGAAACCUUCAUGGUUCUCCAGGCCACCAAACGGUGGGCCCCAUCCUGGUCAGGACAAAGGGUUGUAGUCAAGUCAGAUAGUGAAGUUGCUGCAGCAAUUGUAACCAAAGGAACCACUCCCUGUCCUAUCAUGAUGGAUUGGCUCCGAGAGCUCUUCUGGUUGUCAGAGUACUAUGCUAUCCAACUAACUGUUGAGCAAAUCCCUGGUUCAGCCAAUGUUAUUGCCGACAGUAUCUCUAGACUUGAUGAAACAUGCCACCGACACGCACUUCACGCAUGGCUCUCACGGUCCUCUUCCUCUACGGAAGACUUGUUGUCUCACAUGUCACCUUUGUCACUUACUUUCCUCAGAUCCAGACGAUCAGUCACGAUUGGACUUGAAGGUUCUUAAGUUUCGAAAACAAGCCUAUGCAACUUCCACCAAGGCCACUUACAAAAGUCAACUGCGAGCCUAUCUUACCUUUUGCGUAUAUUAUGGGUACCAGCCACUUCCAGCGUCUACCAUCACACUUAGCCGCUACGCAGCUUUCUUGGCACGCUCUUUGUCUGCUUUCUCUAUUCCAGCUAAUCUUAACAUUGUCCGUAUUCUCCAUUUGGAACAUGGCCUGGAAGACCCUACCAAGAACAACGUCCACUUAGCAACAACCUUGCGUGGUAUACGUCGCUGCAAAGGCUGCACAGUCUCACAGAAAGAACCCAUGACCCCUGCAAUGCUUUUGGCUAUCAAGUCACAUUUGAACUUGACAGACCCAGUCCAUGCCACCUUUUGGGCUGUC